UAAAAUUGUCAACUCGAGGGGAGUGGCAGAGGUAGUGAUGCAUUAGGCCAGGUAAAUUGUUAUUACUGUCAGGACAACUUCAGCAUUUUGACUUGUGUUAUUUUCAUUUAAAAUAUCUAAAUUGACUUUAUUACUUCUAAAACUUUUUUACGGAACUAUAUACAAUUUCUUAUAAUUAUGAGACAUGUAAUAAGCUUUACUAUGCAGCUGUGGCAUGCAAAUUACCAAAAACAGUAGGUCAAACAAGCUUUCUCUUAAAUUGUCUCUUUCUCUUCAUUAACAACGCUCUUCCGUUCGUGGUUAUUCAUAUGUACAUAUCCAUGUGUGUAUAGAAGAAUAUUUAUCAGAACGAAAUGUUGAAAAAUAAAGAAUUCGUAAAGUAAAAGCUGCAGCAGUUUCGUUGAACUCAGAGGCGGAUAGCUUUUGCUAUGGCUCCGGGACACAUCGGAAUAAUAUCAGGCAGUAAAAUGAUAUAAACAUGCUUUGGUAGUUGCGCAGACGCGCAGUUCGCGUUGAGAGGCGAUCGAAUUUGGUAGUGUGACCAGCUUUAUUAUUUACUUCCUUCGUCUUCUGCGUUUUUGUGUAGCGGCAUUCAACACCAGCUCAACAAUUCAAGUCUUUCAGCACAUUUAAGUCGUGGAUUUUUCUUGUGACAAUUUAUUGUCGCUACAAAAUAAUAAAAGGGAUUGCAGUACAUCAUGAUUCUGCCGAUUUGUUUUUUAGCGAUAUUUGUUGUUAAACUGGAUUGCGUUCAUCUUCAUCCGGUGCAAAUCAGUGACGAGGUCAUCGAAAUCGAAAAACAAAGGCUAAUCAAAUUUCCAGAUGAAAUUGAACUUCGACAAGGUUCUACAGCCAACAGUUCCGAUUCAAAAAUUGAUGAAGCUCAGCGCAUCCUACAGGAAAUUGAAAAAAUUAAUCAUGCAUUGGGAUAUAUUCGCAAACAAUCAGAGUCAUCUAGGCUUCCGCCUAUUUUAGAUUCGAGUCAAUACUUAUUCCCAAAACCAGCUUCACAACCCUUUCAUCAGCAAAACCAUCAAACUUCUGGUAUGAAUGGAGGUACCAUUUUAAUUCCUUCUAUUAGGUCAGUAGACCUUCCGCGUCAAUAUAUAGCAUCUUACUCAAUCUCCAAAGGCAUGAAAAAUAUUGAACCUUUGCAUCAAUUUCAAACCGCUAAAGACAAUUCAACAAAAAAGAAUAAAUAUGUUUUUCAACCAAAUGAAGUAGUAUUACCUGCCCCUCACACUGCGGACGAACACCGGCAACUGCCUACACAUUUUGCAAUACCAGUGCGUCUCUACCGACUUAAUAAGGAGGAAUACAUUAAUAAAAAUGCCCCACAGCAAUUCCGUGUCAAAGGAUAUAAAAUAGUUGGUGAUGUCGACAAUUUUUAUGGCAAGGCAAAGCGAAAAGAUAUAAAAACAAAUGAACCAAAGUCUGAAUUAUCGACAAAAUAUCAUCUAUUUUUCCUUCCACGUGAGUUAGCUUCGCUCAAGGAACUCUCUCGCAUGAGAAUGGAAGAGAGACAAAAUUCACAAGAUAAUAACUCUAGAGAAGAGAAAGGAGUCGGUAUCCAAAGGCCCUAUAGAAUACAAACAACAGCAACAAGUAGUAGCAGCGAUAUUAGCUCUAAUGCAAAUGUUACAACACAAAUUAUUCGAAAACGGGUUAUACCAAAACCAUUAAGGGAAAAAGAUUCCAUUAUUAUUGAAACGGCAGAACUAACUCAGGCAGAAGAUACUAACUCAUUCAAUACCAAUAACAAUGCAAAUACGAAUAAUGAUAUGAAUCCCAAUAAUAAUCCAACAAUGUAUAACAACCCCAGUCAAAACACGAAUCUAUUCAAUGCAAGGCCUGGUAUUUUGAAAUUCCCCAACAUUGCAAAUAUUGCCCGGCCAAGUGAUCAAAAAAACUCUACUCCUGGAAAUACUAUUAAAAACGCUUUUCAAAAUAUUUUUAAAUUGCCAUUUCUUCAGGAUAACAAACCGAAUAUGACGAUGGGCGAAUUAGGGCAAACUCUACAAAUGACCGCAAAACCAUUUUUUACAACACAAGCCAAUCAGCAUACCCAAACAUUUUACGAUUUUGUUGGUUCAAAACAACCAGAGAAAGGAAGUGAUUACCAAUGGGAGGAUGAAGCGAGUAGCGCGUCAGAAGAUGAAGAAGUUAAUUCUACUGAACACGAGCAAAAACACAUAUUCGGUAAUCAGCAGAAUGGGGAGCUAAAAACUCAAAUGGAGGCCGUUAAACAUGGUGGUAUUAUAAUUCAACGCCUCAAGGUACGAAAAGGUGGUAUUGCUAUUGCAGGCCCUGGCGGUGUGGCGACUGCAGGGAGCGGCGGCACAGCUAUUGUUGGACCCGGAGGCUAUGCUCUUACACAUCCUCGUAGUUUAACCAUUGCUGGGCCAGGUGCCAAGGUGAUUGCCAUACCUUCCAGCGUUGACCUAAAAGAAGCUUUGCAAAGAACUAAUCUGUUCGAUCAAAUUAUUCCUCGUGAGGGCAAAGUUGUUGCUACUGGUCCAACUGUGUAUUAUUCUCCACCAACAUAAAUUCACAAAAGAUAUGAGAAUGAUUACAAAUUAAAAACUUACAAAACUAAAGAUUAAAUAUAACUAUAGCAAUAAUUUUAGACAAUAUGGUUAAAUGAAUUUUAUAUUAUUAUCUUAAUAUUCAUAAUUCGUCUUAUAUUAGACUAUGUAUCAAUAAAUCAAAAUAUUAUAUACUUAUACAUAAAUAAAUACUAUAGUCAUGUCUCUACAAUUUCAUCUUAACUCAAGUUCAAUUCUUCAUAAUUACUGAUUAUUGGGUGUAGAAGCCAAAUUAUUAAGUAUAGCAUGCCAAUCAUUGUGAUUAAAUUAGUUCAUAAAUUGAUUGUAUAAAAUUUUCACAUAAUUCACAUUUCGUUUUAUUUGUACUUUUCUCCCGCCUCAUAUUCUUCAACUGCAUUAAAUGUUUAUCUACCUUUUGUUGUGGAAUUUCUACCAAUUAACUUAAAGCGACAGCGAUGUUUGGAAAAUAUUUAAUACAAAAAUGUGGCCAUGGAACACACAGUAUUCUGCAUUUUUUGUAAGCAAUUUAUUUGCACAACCUCCGGUUAUUGAUACGUUACUCUCAAACACAAAUAAGAUCGUUGAACCGAAGGAUAUACCCAAAUUCAAAUCACAACCACAGCAAUUGAUGCCUAUUGUUAUUACAGAUCUUAAAUUGAUCGAUGAAUCUCAUCAUACUAUUGUUAAUACAAAGGAUUUUAAAAGUGAUGAUCGUCUUUUAGAAGCAGUUAAGCAAAUAAAUCCGGAAUUUAUGAUUGAGGAAAUAGUAUCGGUACCUGGCCGACAUACACAUACUGCGGUAAAGUUAGAAAAAAAAUCGAAACCAAUCAACUUGCCUCUAUCUUCUACGACGUCUCCAAAACUAGUAUCAAAAAGCUUCAAUUUCACAUCAAAAGCAACUUUAGCCAAUUUAGGUGUUUCUAAUUCAAAACAAAAAUAUAGACAGAAGUUGAGCAAGCAAACAAGUGAAUCCACUGAACUAAAAACCAACGAUAGCAUAGUGAAAGUGGAAGCAACAGGUCAAACUGCUUCUUCAGGAAUCAUACCACAAAUACCAUUCGGUAGCUACUUUCUUCCAUACUUAGCAAACGAUAAACGGGGUGUCAGCAAAACGGCUGCAUUAAUAUUGGAACCUCAUGCAAAAGCUGUAGUGGGCAAUGGUGGCACAGCUGUAUCUGCACCCAUUUCGAAGGCUUUUUUAAAACGUGGGAUACCAACCAACGUCUAUUUCAAUCCAGAAUCCGUAGCAAUAGCUGGAGUAGGUGGCAAAGCACAUGCUCAGGCCGAUUUAGAACUUGAUUUAGUGGAUUAACCAUUUAUAUUUCUGCAAUAUAAUAUAUUUUUAUUUUAUCUGAAAUGCAGUAGAAUGUAUAUAAUUGUAUAUAAAAUUUAUGUACAAAAUUUAUCGCAAACAUAUAUAAUCACAUUAAACUAGUAUAUAUUAAUGAAUUGAUUAGUAAACUUUUA